UGAUCAUAUGGUUCAGUUUCAAAAUGGUGUCUCUUUUCGUUUGACAGCUUUGUAAAACACAAGAAAAAUUAAUUAUUCAAAUUCUACAUAUUUUUAGAGCGCUUCAAUUGAUAUAUAACAAUGGCAGGAGUACUUGUGAGUCCCUCAGCACAUGUAAAGUCAAAAACUAUUGAGGCUGCAAAUAAAAUCAGACACGGAUCUCCCAAACUGCAUGAAGUCUUAAGACAGAGAUGCCGAGAGCGAAUGCGAGAAAGACGUGGACAACUUUUUAACAGACGAAGAUUCGGUAACUCGCAACCUGAAGAAGAUGUCCAGAAAACUUUGACAAAUAUUGUCCGCAAAGAGUUUAAUGAUUUAACUUCCAUCGAUUGGCGAACGAACUUAGAGGCUUUCCACUCUGCCUUCGAUAAUCCACUAGAAGUGGAAGAAGCUCUUGAACUAGAGGCUGAAAUUUUAGCAGAAGAGGAACAAUGGAUCUUUGAAGAAUAUUGCAAGGACUUGCAAUGCGAAGAAGAGCAUAUGGAAGAGGAAGUAGUUUUCUGCCCGGCUUGUCAAAAAAAUGCACUAGAGGAAUUGCCGGGCUUCAUAUUUUGCAGCUACUGCAAUCUCAAACUUCCCGCUCAAAUAAGCCUUGCUAAUUUCAAAAGCAGAAUUGAAGCAUCUGCGAAUUUCCAUUCGUCGCAAUGCAUUCGAAAACCAGAAUUCACCGUUUUUUCAUUUAAUAACAAUAUCGCUCUCUACCUCGCGUGUCAGGCAUGCUCUUCCUUUUCUCCGGUUUUUGGAGACGGUCCUCUUUAGUUAUCCAUAAAAACUAUAUCCUGACGAUCAUUGCUCAAAUAGCAACGUUAAACGGUAAUUUUUCUCUAUUCUAGAAAAAAAAAUCCCCGCAUACUGUACAGAUUUUAUUUAUUAUCUUUUUCUUUCUUUACCGUUUUUUUUACGGAAUAAAUUUUUUUGUAGACUUGAAUAGACACCUAAAAGUCUGAU